GCUCUGGUGAUACCGUAUAGUUCCUCACUUUUGCAUUUGCCAACUCGGUACCAUGAAGGCAGUCCUCUUGCGCCUCGCCGUGUGCGCGACCUUCGUUCUCGCGGCUUCCGCCACGGAGCACGCAGGCUGCGGCGCAGACGUCCCGACGACUGCACCGGUUCCCACUGUGACGACCGCGGUGCCGGCCCCGACAACUGAAGCGCCGGCCCCGACGACAGAAACGCCGGCCCCGACAACAGAAACGCCGGCCCCGACAACAGAAGCGCCGGCCCCGACAACAGAAGCGCCAGCUCCGACAACCGCGGCGCCUGCCCCGACGACCGAAGCACCGGCGCCUACGACCGCGUCGCCGGCCCCGACAACUGAAGCGCCGGCUUCUACAACUCAAGCACCGGCGCCAACGCCCGAAGCCCCUGCGACAUGGAAACCGCUGGGUCUUGGCAAGAGUUUCUCCGGCGUGUCGGGCGACAGUCAAGGCCUCUGCUUUAUCAAUCGUACUCAUGUGGUUGCGUGGGUCCCAGGCACACCAAUCGACACGAAGACCAUCGUCGGCCGCCGCCAGGCCACCGAUGUAUGCGCGAUCGGUGUGCUCUACAGUAGAACGUAUGAGCAAAACAACAUCACCAUGACCAACUUGGCGACGAAAGUGGCGACGACGCUCGUGACGGGGCUUCUCAAAGAUUUGUCUCCCACCGACGGUCAAACGCUGUGCGUUCGAGACCCUGAUUUCCGCUGCGCGACCAACGACGGCAACGGCUUCGGGUCCUUCCAAGUCUGGACGUACGGGCGUCCCAACGCGGUACGCGCGUUUGUCAAGGACCGCGCACUUGUCUAUGGCUACGACAAUGGCUACAGCAUCUAUUACGCCACCGUGGACGCGACCACGAAGGCAAUCACCAACUACACCAAGGUCGCCAACGGAUUGUACGCAGCCGCCGAUGGUCCCACCGCCUGCGUCGUAUCUGCUGCGAACGUCAUAUCUUGCGUCACGUCCGUCUCCGACAUGUUGGCUGGGAAAUGGAAGACGUACGACGGCACGUGGAGCUUUUUCUUCGAGGUCGUUGGCAACACUGUGUACGCUGUUGAUAAAAACGACGGCACGCUGCACUACCUCCAACUAGCAUAGAGGCAGACAAUAUGAUUCGCAUAACGUGCCAAUAUCACCUCGUGUUUCUUGCCCUCGAC